AUGUUAGAUUGCCACUCAUAUAUAAAAGUGCUGUCAGGCAAAGUUGCUAUCAAUGCUGCUCCCGUUGAUGUUAAUCUUCCACGUGUUACAAAGUUGUUCAGCUGGAUUCCCGUGAUGCAAAGGAUGCGUUAUUUCUUACCAACUCCGGAAGAAGCAGGCCAUCAACUACCGGCGGCAAUACCAGUACAGCCUGCAGCACAUCACGUUUUUUCAACACCAGAGGUUGUUGGUGAAUCUGUAGCAGUUGCACCAGGUCAUGGUGCACUCAUUGCUCAGCAAUCAUAUCCGGCAGUGGAAACCGGGACCGGUUAUCAAGUGGCAGUAGCUGAACCUGCUUCACCACCAAUGGCGCUAUCACUUCCAGUAGGUGGAACACUAACCGGAACAUUUAAGAGUGAUACUACUUAUUCUGCCGCUAAUCACGAUAGCACACCAAUUUAUGGUGGUAAGCAAUAUAGCAAUGAAGUUAUUAAACGACGAGUGAUAAAAAUGGCCGUUGCGCCGAGCAAUGCAACGGAGCCUGAAGAAAAUAUAUACGGUAGCAGGCGUUCCGAAUCAAUGGAGACAGAGGAAAGCGGUGAUGAAAGAGGUUCUUCACAACCAGCAAACCAGUCAAAAAAUGCUGGCUACAUGCAAAGGGAUGAACCGGAAUCUGAAGUACCAUUUGAAGCACUCGGUCUUGAGCAAGGAUCGAGUUACUCAAUGCAGCUAGACACAUCAAGAUCUGGUCAUCGACUACGGCGAGUAAUACUUCAUGAAUGA